CCGGUGUCGUGCACACACCGCCAAGACGUCAAAGCGACGACUGUGCACAGUCAUUUCUACCUGUCGACAGUUAGAUGGGGUUUAGCACUUGCGUCGCUAAACGAUGAAAGUUAACGGAAACUUGAGUAAAACUGAGCAACCGGUUCUCCGUCUACUGCGCCUCUUACUGCCGUGAAAGGGGUUUCGACAUUGUAGUUAAAAACCUGUCUGAAGCCGAGGUUCAAAUUUGUGAAAACUUUAUUUCAUUUUAUGAGAGCAAGGUAACCGCAGCUUUCCCCUAGGCAACACUUUUGCCUGCAGCGGCUGGGGGCGCAGUGUUUGGGCCUGGGGACCCACCCUGGUAUCACGGACGGUCCGAGGCUGCUGGAGCGUCGUUGUGCUGCGGAGGACAGAGCGGAAGAUGGCGACUGUUUGGAGGCUGCUUAGGAACCUCCGGAGCUGAUACCGGGGAGGAGGAGAAGAGACAAACUCAGAGCCCGCAGAAGACCACGUCUAAAACAACGAAAUCCAAUACAGAACAUAUAGGGCACGUGUGAAAUGGACAAUAAUGUCCCGCUCCCCUGACAAUGAGGAUGGAUGCUUUGUUGCCAUGGAUACAGAAGACGAUGGUACGGAUACUGCAGGGAUAACAGAAGAUGUAGAGGCAAAGAUGGGGUCCUACGGACAAGAAGGGAACAUGGACAGUGGUGCCAAAGCAGGGGGGAGAACAAUGGUGGAAUUGCCAGAGGAAGUUCUCGAAUAUAUUCUAUCCUUCCUCUCACCUUACCAGGAGCACAAGACUGCUGCGCUUGUAUGUAAGCAGUGGUAUCGUCUCAUUAAAGGUGUUGCUUAUCAGUGCUACCACGGUUUCUUGAGAGCUGUCCAGGAGGGAAAUAUCCAGUGGGAAAGUCGCACAUAUCCAUAUCCAGGAACCCCUAUCACUCAGCGCUUCUCACACAGUGCAUGUUAUUAUGACUCAAACCAGUCCAUGUAUGUGUUUGGGGGUUGCACUCAGAGUAGCUGCAAUGCUGCCUUCAAUGAUCUGUGGAGACUUGACCUCAACAGCAAGGAGUGGAUCCGCCCUUUAGCCUCAGGCUCCUAUCCAUCUCCUAAAGCUGGAGCAACUUUAGUGAUGCACAAAGAUCUGUUAGUGCUCUUUGGGGGGUGGACUCGCCCCAGCCCUUAUCCACUGCACCAACCUGAAAGGUUUUUUGAUGAAAUCCACACCUACUCUCCUUCAAAGAACUGGUGGAACUGUAUCGUAACAACACAUGGACCUCCACCUAUGGCUGGUCACUCUUCCUCUGUAAUUGGAAACACCAUGGUGGUGUUCGGAGGAUCAUUAGGAGCACGUCAAAUGAGUAAUGAAGUCUGGGUUCUGGAUCUGGAGCAGUGGUCUUGGUCCAAACCACCCAUAUCUGGCCCAUCACCACACCCACGAGGAGGCCAGUCACAAAUUGUCAUUGAUGAUCAGACGUUGCUCAUCUUGGGAGGAUGUGGUGGCCCUAAUGCACUCCUUAAAGAUGCCUGGCUCCUCCACAUGAAUGCACCACCAUGGAGAUGGCAGCAGCUGCAGGUGGAAAACGAGGACCACGGAGCCCCGGAACUUUGGUGUCACCCAGCUUGUAGAGUGGGCCAGUGUGUGGUGGUUUUCUCACAGGCUCCAUCUGGCCGUGCACCGCUCAGCCCAAGUCUUAACUCUCGGCCCUCCCCCAUAAGUGCCACACCUGCCCCUCUUGGCCCCGAACCGUCUUCCCUGCGUUCUCAGUCACCUGUUCGGAGCGGGGCUGCUGGUGUUGUCCUGGGAGCUGUUGAAGAGGCUCCAUGUGUAAAUGGUCGAUGGGGAACGCUGAGACCUCGGCCUUCAGUGAGAGGGAGUGCCAGAGAUGCAAGCCCAUCCUCGUCCCAACAGCAAUCUCCUUCACAAGGCCCAGACAGCCCUCCUCUUCCACCACUUCCUCCAUUAUUAAAUGGAUCCUCACCUUCACCCCGGACCAGCCCAGCCCAGGCUGCAUCUCCUCCCUCUCGCCCCCACCUGCCUGCCUCUACUGACUAUGGCUGGGAGUCUCCCCCUUCUGCCUCUCACCACCCUGAGGUGCCCAGCACUAACGGCUUGCAUACACCUCCUGCAGGCUCCCCCCGCACUCCCCCAGGAGCAGUGUCCCCAGCUGCCUUAAGACGAGGUCUGGAGGCAGUGAAAAAUAAAUCUUCCUCAUCUUUACCAUCUUCAUCAUCAUCGUCUUCCCUUCAGACACAGGGAGCUUCUCCUGGAGGAGGAAGUGGUGGAGGAGGAGGAGGUCCUCCCGGAACCCCUCCCUCAUCGUCCUCCAGCCCUCCACAGGCCGCUGGAUCUGAUGGACAUGCUAUUCCCCCUAUUGCACGGCGUCUAGGCCAUCACCCACCUCAGAGUCUGAAUGUAGGAAAACCUCUGUACCAGUCGCUCAACUGCAAGCCCAUGCAGAUGUAUGUGCUGGAUGUGUCCCGGGCCAAAUCUGCCGGGGUGGUGUCCUGGAGAGUUUAUGGGAACGGGACUCCUGCAGCAGUUACAGGGCCACCGGAGACCAGCCUUCACACAGUGGUACAGGGCAGGGGAGAGCUCAUCAUUUUUGGAGGCCUCAUGGACAAAAAGCAGAAUGUGAAGUACUACCCUAAAACCAACGCCUUGUACUUUGUACGUGCUAAAAGAGAGGAACUCGGGAAGAACGUACGCUGGUGACAGAAAUGGUUGACGACUACCUUCUUUUUUGUAUCACUCUUUAAGCCUGCCAUGUUUACAUUGAGAACAGUGUGAGUGUGUGUGUGUGUGUGUUAUGUGUGCACGUUGGUGGUUAAAAGUUGUUGACUAAUGUGUGUCGGGGGCCAUGGUGGGUGAGAGAUGUGGCACUGUACUAUAAACAUAGUUAAACAAUAAAGGCCUCCACGUCUGCUCUGUCAUAGUCUUAA